UCUGACAGACCAUAAGAAAGUUCACCCCACAACCACAACUCCCACACUUUGUAUCCCGCUCUUCAGGCUCACCCGAUUCGGAUACCUAAAAACAAAAAAACUUAUUAUUUUUGGGGGAAGUUCAAACUUUUAUUAUAACAUGGAAAAAGAAAUAAGGCAUCUUAUCUCUGUUUGGAUAUUUCUUGUUAAAAUCUUUGGAGUUUUUUCCUCUGAACCAACCACAGAUACAUUUGUAAACAGCACCACAGCUCCUCUGCCGACCACCACAGAAUGGAUCGCAGACUACACUGACAUACUGUCUAAGUUUUCCCGACGCACUGAAGAGAUCCCAGAUGAGGACAUGUGUUACAUUGAGCCUGGCAAACCUGAGACCAUCAAAGAAUGUGAAUUCAACAAUGAGACACAGACUUUCAUUAUUAUACAUGGCUGGACGGUCACAGGGAUGUAUGAGAGCUGGGUUGCCAAGCUGGUGACCGCCCUGUAUGAGCGUGAACCCAAUGCCAACGUGAUUGUUGUAGAUUGGCUGAACCGUGCCAGCCAGCAUUACCCCACCUCUGCUGCCUACACCAAACUAGUCGGACGUGAUGUGGCCAAAUUUGUUACCUGGCUACAAAAUGAGCUGCAGUUGCCCUGGGACAAGAUUUAUCUGCUGGGUUACAGUCUGGGAGCACAUGUGGCUGGAAUUGCCGGCGCCCUCUCCGAUAAGAAAAUCAGCAGGAUCACAGGUUUGGAUCCAGCAGGCCCCACGUUUGAGCAUGCAGAUGACCAGAGCACAUUGUCCCGAGAUGAUGCCCAGUUUGUAGAUGUGCUUCACACAAACACCAGGGGCUCUCCAGGACGCAGCAUCGGUAUCCAGAGACCCCUUGGCCAUAUCGACAUAUACCCAAAUGGAGGUGCCUUCCAACCGGGAUGUGACAUCCAGAACACCCUGCUGGGAAUUGCAUCCGAGGGGCUCAGGGGACUGCAGAACAUGGACCAGCUUGUCAAGUGUUCCCAUGAACGCUCCAUCCACCUUUUCAUCGACUCUCUGGUCAACCUGAACCAGCAGAGCAUGGCCUUCCGCUGUAACUCUAAAGAUGCCUUCAACAAAGGCCUGUGCCUGAGCUGCAGGAAAAACCGCUGCAACAAACUGGGCUACAAUGUCAACAAAGUCCGCUCAACACGAAGCACCAAGAUGUAUCUGAAGACCAGAGAUAUGAUGCCCUACAAAGUCUUCCACUACCAGGUGAAGGUUCACUUCUUCAGCAAGGACAAACUUAGCUUCACAGAACAACCCCUAAAGAUUUCACUGUAUGGCACCCACGGAGAGAAAGAAGACAUCCCCUUUGUCCUGCCUGUCCUAAAUGAAAAUGCCACCCAGUCUUUCCUCAUCACCAUCGACGCAGAUAUCGGGGACCUGAUGAUUGUCAAGCUGCGCUGGGAGAAGGAUAGCCUCCUCAGCUGGAACUGGUGGGGCAGCAGCAAGUUCCACAUCCGUAAACUGCGCAUCAAGUCCGGGGAGAGGCAGUCAAAAGUGGUCUUCAGAUCAAAGGAUGGUGAGUUUGCAUACCUUGUUCGGGGUGGAGAAGAUGCAGUGUUUGUUAAGUCAAAAGAAGACAACCGCAAAGAGAAGCUGAUCCACAAAAUGAAAACUGAGGGUAGCCAGUUUGGGCAAGACAUACAGGCAUAAAUUUGCACUUAAAAAAACGUUGAUUUACGCCAUUCGCUUUUUCAAUCGUGACCAAAGAUGGACUAAACUACUGUGAGAUUCUACACGAAAAUCAACUCUUUGGGGACUCUCACAUUUCCGCAUUUCUGCCAUACAAUUAAACCUAUACAACCUCACCCAACACCAUCAUUAACAGUAAAAACACUGCUGCUGAAGAUAGAAUACAUUAUCUUUAUAGAGGAUGUCCUAACUAAUUGUAUUCUUUUAUAGCUUUUGCCGCAUAUUUUUGUUUUGUAAUAUUGUCUUGCUUUUAUAGUCUUUCUGUUUGUAUGUUUCUGCUGCCUGCGUGAACUUGGAAUUAUUUUAGUGUAAAUAAUUUGGAGUGACAGGCAUAAUUUUGGCACAUCUUUUGGUGAAUAUGAUUUGAUUUUUUCUGUUUCUUCUGACCACUAAUUGCCAACAAUCAACAGGGACCAAAGAAGUAUUAAGUCUACUGAAGAGAGAUUUGCUCUGGUUCUUUGUAAAUAGACUUGUGAAAUCAGUAUUAUAUAUUUUUAAUGUUAAACUGUGAUCUGAUUAAUUAUGCGUUGGUUUUGUGUCACUGGUCACUUUAGAAGGCUCUUCUGGCCCUGACACCAUUUAAUAGAUUACAGUUGAGGUGCAGAGAUGUGCAUUUAUGUUUUUGUACCUUUAGUCACUUUGAAUCUAUUCUAACUGUGACUUUCACUGACAAAUUGGUCAAAUGUGUAACUACUUCUGUCACCAAUAAUGAAUGCUCUUUUUAAGGUCAAACAUUUUGCUUCCAAUAAACUGUCUCUGUAAUAUGUAAUGGACUGGCCUGCCUUAAGCCAUAAUGCAUCUCCAGAAACACCCUUUUGUAUUUAUUAAAUGUACAGAACAAAUCUAUAUUUGUAUAUUAAGCUGUAAUAUAUUUUGCCAGUUUCUAUUGUUAAAUGUAUUUGUUUUCCAACUGAAGCAUUUUGUGUUUUAUGCACAAAACUUAAGAAAGCGUGAUCACAUUGGUCACAAUGUCAGCUGCGCAUUCAUUUGUCUGAAAUGAAAUGCAGUGCACUGUACAAAUAGAGGGUCCAAGAUGGAUUAAUAAACAAAUCAUUUAGAAUCCCAA